GAGCUGGCUCGAAGCAUGGGUGCUGCCGGCUUGCGCACAGUAGUUAUUGGCAAGAACCAUUUCGGUUGGAAUCGAACGUCCGGAAAACCUGUCGCUCAUGAGUUCGAAGACUUACAGAUCUAUGAUGGUUUGGGCAACGGCUUCAAGAAUGGCAGCGAGUUUGAUGAUUAUGACCAAUGGUUCCAGCAACAAAUGCCCGGGCAAGAUCCUUUAGCCAGCGGGGGCUUGGAUUGGAACUCAUGGAGAGGGGCAGCCUACGAGUAUCCGGAGUGGCUACAUCCAACAGCCUGGACCGGCAGGUCCACGCGACGUACGCUGCUGGCCUUGGGGAAGUCUGCUAGCCCCUUCUUUUUGAAGGUGUCCUUCCACCGGCCCCAUAGCCCCUAUGAUCCUCCAGCCCGGCUGUUGAAUUCAACAUCGUCUCCUGGCCGGCCGCCAGCACAAGCCGUCGAUGGAUGGGACGAGCGGUUCCGAAAGUGUUCUGCGCAAGGCAGUAUGGAUGCCUGGUGUGGAGAGGUUGAUCCGAAGUCCCUUGCCCUGGCACGGAGGGCUUACCUGGCCAGUGUCAGCUUUGUCGACGAAGAGAUUGGUUCGAUCUUGCGUCUCAUGACAAACUUGGGGAUGCUAGCUAACACCUUCGUGUUGUUCACCUCAGACCACGGAGACAUGCAGAUGGACCAUUUUCUCUGGAGGAAGAGCUACCCAUAUGAAGGGUCCUCCCACAUACCCCUGCUUGUCAGAUGGCCCGAGAAGCUUGGUGAUCAAUUCCUAGAUCGUGGAUCAAUUGUUUCAGCUGUGACAGAAUUGCGUGACCUGUACCCGACUUUUUUGGAGAUCGUCGGUUUUUGGAACACCUCCCAAGAGGCUGAGCUGGAUGGACGUCCGCUGACAUGGCUGUUGAGGCGAGCUGGAGGAAAGCCGUGGCGUCAAUGGGUGGACUUGGAGCACAACAUCUGCUACAAUGAGACGAACCACUGGAAUGCUCUUACAGAUGGGACCAUGAAAUUCAUCUUUCAUGCCUGUAGCGGUGAGGAGCAACUGUUUGACUUGUCCCUCGACCCCAGCGAGAGUCAGGAUCUGUCCAAGAGUUUCGAGAGGUCUCAGCAAGUGGAGAAGUGGCGGCAGCGAAUGGUCAGCCAGUUUGAAGCUGAGGGACGCGGGCCAACGUGGGUUCAACACGGAGCCCUCCGCAAGCGCUGCAGGUCGUGCCUCUACAGCCCCCACUUCCCAGGCCGGACGGCUGACUGUCAUAAGUCUGUGGCUGCUGCCCAGAUACAGGUUUAG